CACCAUCACUUUCUUUUAGCAGACCCUGGGAACACACACAUACACCAGAUCAGACUUUCAAUCUGCUAAAUUGUCUUGCUGAAAUGGAACUAACUGACAAAAGAGGGGAAGUAGUGAACUGCAGAAGUAACUCGUCUGAUGAAGAGCAUCUAAUGGACAAUCUGAAGGUGACAUUGCUUAAGGGCACUGAGCAACUCCAGAGCAAGCAGCCCUCGGGUAGCACUGUGUUGUGUGCCAAGGACGCCGGGCACUGCAAGUCAAGCCACAUAGUGGGAGGGGCAAGGAGCUCACAGGAGAUUCUGGCCAUGCAGCCUUCAGACAUGGACAAGAAGAGAGAGGCCUUCCUGGAGCACCUGAAGCAGAAGUACCCUCACCAUGCCUCAGUCAUCAUGAGCCACCAGGAGAGACUUCGAGAGCAGUAUUUGCAGGGGAUGUUAUCUUCGCUGCAGUGUGAACUUAACAUUCAGAGAUAUCUGCUAAAAAUUGAGUCACUCCAUCAACCCAGAAACCGGCGUGCCAGGGCAGGUGUGGCGUGUUCAAGUCUAGUAUUGCCACCAGAUCUCAGGACACUGGUGUCUCUGGACUCUUUAGAGGUCAUGUCGGAGUGUGAAGUGCCCACUGCCUUCACCCGUGGCUCCCGCUCCCGGGCCAGCCUACCUGUGGUGCGCUCUGCUAACCAGACCAAGGACCGCUCACUAGGUGUUCUGUACCUGCAGUAUGGUGAUGACACAAAGCAAAUCCAGAUGCCCAAUGAGAUCACAACUGUAGACACGGUGCAAGCUUUGUUCGUCAGCGCCUUCCCACAGCAGCUCAGCAUGAAAAUGCUUGAGUCACCCAGCACAGCCAUCUAUGUCAAAGAUGACAUGAGAAACAUGUACUAUGAGCUGAGUGAUGUCAGGAGCAUCACAGAUCAGUCAUGCCUGAAGGUUUACCACAAGGACCCAGCACACGCCUUCAGCCAUGCAGCUCGGCCCAGUAAUGGAGACCCCAGGAUGCACAGAGAGGCAAUGUACACAUGUCGAGAUGCUCCUCCUCUGAUACGUCAGACAUCAAACAGCCCAUCUAUGCCCCCUACUCCCCACUUGAUAACUGUUUUGCCGUCACGCAUCCCUUUUGGGCCCCGCUCAUCAGGGGGAGGAUCCACCGUGCCUCGUGAGAGAGCAAGCCACCCACUGGCCACACCCGCUCGCUCAGCUUCACCAUGCCCCAGUGCCAUCCUUGAACGGCGUGAUGUCAAGCCUGAUGAAGAUGUCUCUGCCAAAGGCAUAGGGAGGGCAGGAGAGGGAAUCUACAGUGAUCCCUUUCUGUUACAUCACCAUGCUACACCAUCAGAAACACUGGAACAAGGCUACCAUCGCACUUCUAUCCGUUCUUAUGGCAUUUCUGGAAUCACUAUGGAGCCAUCAGAGCAUCACUCGCUGUUUCGGCAGAAAAGUUGGAAGACUCCACCCCCGUCACCGCACAGGAUGGGCGAGAUGAGGAUAAUUGACAUCCAGGCCAGCCAAUCUCAAGGCACUUUGGGUCUUGAAAGAUCUUCACCGGUCAGACAGUCAUUUAGAAAGGAAGGGCCUAUUGCUGUGGAUAAGGUCAGGAAUGCAGUGGGGUCCCCUGUGACGUCUGAUCUUCAGGGUAAUGGUCCGCAGGCACCGCCUGGUGAACCUCAGACACGAGAGAGAAUGAGGGCUAUGGAGGAGCAGAUAGCCAGUCUGACUGGCCUUGUGCAGCAUGCACUACAAAAGGGUCCCAGCAUUAACAGAGGUGACAGGGAGCAUGCCAGUGACAGAUCAGUGAAGUCGGGAUCACCUGUACACAGCACAUCAAGCACAGUAGGUUCUUCUCCGGUGCUUGGAACCAAAAUUGCCAAAGUCACAGCUGAGAGUAACUCCGUCCCAACUCCUCCCAUUAGUACCAUCCCUUUACAGGUGAACCUCCUACAUUUCAGGAAGAACAUCUCUGGGCUACGCCUCCAGUUGCAGCAGAUGAGACAAUUCCAGUUGCAGAAUCAGGAGUACGUGCGUGUUCAGAUUAAACAGGCAGAGCAGGAGAUCAGUGCAAGGCUGGCUGAAGUGUUGAGACGACAGGAGGAUCCUGCCCAGAGACAGCGAGCUCUGGUGGAGGAAGAGAGACAAAAAUAUCUCAGCAUGGAGGAAACAGUUCUUACACAGUUAGGGGAUCUGGAGCAAUAUGUAGAGUCUGUGAGAAGGGACUCAAGCUCAGCCACAGCUACGAGACCAAUCACAAUGAAAGAAGUAGAAGAAGGAGCGGUGGGCCUGAGAAAGAUUGGAGAAAGUCUGGCAGCACUCAAAGGAGAGUUCCCAGCAUUGCAAGGGCGAAUGCGGGCUGUACUCAGAGUGGAGGUGGAGGCUGUGAAGUUUCUCAAAGAGGAGCCACACAAACUGGACAGCAUGCUGAAGAGAGUCAAAUCACUUACUGAAACUCUCAGCACUUUGCGAAGGUGUGCCACAGAGGGUUUACUGAAAUCUUCAGAUUCUGUCAUUACCACAGUGGUGGAUGAGGCAGAGCCAGUGCCUCCUGCUGAUUUCCACAGCACAGUCACUCUGCUUGAGCCUCAAAGAUCCUCUGUAAGUUCAGAGCUUGUCAACUCCCAGCCUCUUGUACCCCACUGUGUCCAGAGCUCUUUCUCAACCACUCCUGAGUUGCCUACAAUGCAGACCAGCAACACGAGGCAUGUUGAGAUAUACAGCUCACCUCAGCCAGAAUACACACCACCACUGAACAGCAGCAGUGGAGUGGCUCUUAACAUUUCCCGUUGUAAUGGAUCUUCCAGCAGUGGAGCUUCGAGCCUAUAUAUCGAGGAGGUCAUCAGUCACAGCAAGGCCAAAAACAGAGCCCCGUCCAUUGAGGUGGCUGAGAAAGAGUUGGAAGAAAAGCGACAGAGCAUGUGUCAUUAUGACAGGUGGAAGUUUGAGAAGAUGCUGCAGGAAGCAGAAUCCAACAUGCUGAGAGGAAUACCAGGCAUGGAAGUUGCAGUUGAGGGUGGCAUUAUGCCAAGUCCUGCUGCAGCACCUCAUUCUGCCACACAGGAGCGAGUGGAGAAACCCAAGGCUUCUGCACCCCCAACACAAGAGUACAAGCAGUCUGAUGUGCCCAGCUCUGAAAAGUCCGCUAAAACAGGACCUGAUAAAUCUCCAAAACCCCAACUUGAAAAGGCCACUAAAGCAGCAGCAGUGUUAAGUAAACCUGUAAAACCUAACCUGUCAAUCAAAACAAGCUUGGAGAGACCACCAAAGUCUCAGGACAAAGCCACUAAAGCAAGUCAGAGCUCAGAGAAGGCCAACAAAUCUCCCCCUCCACCUCCCCCACGCAGGAACUACAUCAACAGCACAGGACCCACCACCACCUGCUCAGGAGAGGUCUUAUACACCUGCAGGAAGGAGUCUGGAUCUGCACAGGAAGGUGAAGUCGAGGCUCCAAAUACAGCACCUCAGCAGAACACAAGGAGCUCUCCAGAGGUGAAGCCCAAGCAAUGCACUCCUCUUCCUGUCACAGCUUCUGUCAUUCUGCAAGAGAAUGAGGGGGACAAGAUCAUGGCAGAACAGCAGCAGAAUACAGAAAUCCAGGAGAGCAAAGAUCUGGUCAUGGAUGAAAAUGGCAACAAUACAGUACAUCAAAAUACAGGGGUCAUCUAUUACGUCACAGCACAGAUCACCAAGGAGCCUCCAGAGGACUCAACUGACCACAGAGCUGCAUCUCAGUCAUCCCCAUCACAGGUGUCACAUGUAAAUACUUAUGAGAAAUCCCAAAACAAGCUGCUGGUAUCCUCAGAUGGCCCAGACAACACUUGGAGCCUUCCUAGUGAUCUACCGUAUAAACCACUGACCUAUUCAAAUUCAAUGAGGACAAAAGAACAAGGCCCAGGUAGCCCUACACAGGGGAAAGUCCAUGUGGUCAAGGUUCCACAGGUGCAACUUAGCAUAGAGGAGACAGUGGAGUCUCCAACAGCAAUUUGUACACCGGUCUCACUGGGUGACCCUGACCUCAUUCACUCCAAGGUACCUGCAAACCAUGGUGAGUUGAGUUCAGCAAAUCAGCAGAAGGUGUUUAGUUUGCCCAAGACUAGGGACAGCAAGUAUGAAGAAGUGGAAGAUGAAAGUGAGACUUUCCUCAGUCCUGACUUGCCAGGAGAAGAACCUCCUCCUCCUCCACCUGAUAAUAUUGCCUUCAUGAUCACCAACACCAAAGUGCAGGCUUUGUCCACUGGAGAGUACCAGGAGCUUGUAAAUGCCAAGAAAGGAAAUGUGCAAACUGUGACUGUAGGCAGCAAACCACAGACUAAACAUGGCACUGACAUUUCUACUGUCUCUUGUAGCAAUGGUUUCGGUGAUACUGAAAAUACUGAAUUCAGCAAAAAACCUGUCAUAAUCAUUUUUGAUGAACCAAUGGAUAUACGCUCAGCCUACAAACGCCUCUCCACUAUUAUUGAGUGUGAAGAGGAGCUGGAAAGAAUGUUGGCUGAAGAAAGGAUAGAGGAAGAAAGUGAGGAAACUGAAGAUGAGGAUACAAGAGGUGGGGGAGUACAGGUAGCACAAGAUGGGGAUAAGAUGAAUUCUGGGAAAGCACAAAAUGGGGCAAACUCUGUUUUCUCAUCAUCACUGUUAUCUGAUGGGGGGACUAUCACACAGGCCACUAGUGAUGCCAAACAGGAUGUUAAGAAGAAGUUCAAGCUUAAAUUCCCUAAAAAGCAGUUGGCAGCUCUAACACAGGCCAUCCGUACUGGUACUAAGACAGGCAAGAAGACCUUACAGGUGGUGGUGUAUGAAGACGAAGAAGAAUCAGAUGGUACUAUUAAACAACACAAAGAGACCAAGAGAUUUGAAAUUUCUUGCUCCAAGCAGGAUAGCUCAAAAUCAGAGUCUGUUGCCCAGGAACCUCAUGGAAGGACAGAAGAGAUUCGAAAGAGCACUUACAAGACACUUGAUAGCCUUGAACAGACUAUCAAACAGCUUGAGACCACAAUCAGUGAAAUGGGACCAAGGUCUUCUGAUGACCUGCUGCCCACUGAAUAUUCUAAACCUCAUGGCAGCCAGGGUGCCAAGGCUUCAGACAAAGUAGUUCCUCAGAAAACUUUGGUCACCAAACCUUCCAAAUCCAGCAAGCACCCUAGCCUUCGGAAGAAGCCCAAACCACAGCUUCUUCCUCGGCCUCCUGUGAUCACCACAACAGGCGUGUCUGUCACCCCAGCUCCUCCUCAGCAGAAUGUCAGCGUGGCCUCUCCUACUAGUCGGAUGCCAGUGCCCAUGUCUGCCAAGACCAGGCAGCAGCCGGGCACCUCAGACAGAGAGAGGGCAACAAAACAGCUAAAGCUGCCAGACUCACAGAGGCAGUAUCGCCAGGCUAACGGAAGUGCUAAAAGAUCUGGAGGAGAUCCCAAAUCCACUUCCCCUACAGUGCCUGCCUCUAAAAUCCCUGCUUUUUCCUCUAGUGCAGGAAAAGGUGCUUCUCAGUCUGAUGCUACUAACCCUGUUAACCACUGUGCUGUUCUAUGUUCCACCACCUCCUCCCCCUCCUCCUCCUCUAAGUCUUCCAUCCCCAACCCUCGCUCAAUCCCCAACUCUUCCUCUCAUAUUCCCUCCCUUUCUAAUGGUUCUCUUAAGCUUGCACAGUCCACUCACAACACUAAAAACCUGCACUUGUCCACACAGACCCAAAAUGGACGAUAUUCCUCCUCUUCCUCUUCCCACUCUCCUCUGUCCCCCACCAUGUUGUCACAGGUUUCAAAGAGUAUCAGAACCAUUCACACACCCAGCUUCAUCAGUUACAGUCGGCCACAUAAUGGGAACGCUGGGAAAUCAGCUAUCCCCACAGCAACAAGCACGAAGGACGCUUCGUAGAUUGCUCAGUUCAUCAUUUGCUUCUGUCUUAAUGAGUAACGGCUGCAACUAGAGAGAGCAAGUGAUCGAACUGGCAGAGGGCCUGCAACAGACACACAUGCAUGCCGAGGCGCUUGAACUUGAACGGAGCGACGGCCACGAGUUUGUGACUGACCCUUUUCUUUUCUUUUCUUUUUUAAAUUUUUUUUUUUUAGUUUUUGAAAGUGCGCAGAAAAGUGUGGUUUGAAUAAAUGCGAGCCCGGAGCUCUGCUAGAAUUCCGCCUGCCUCCCGAGGCUUUCUUCCCACCCUCACACACUGGAUUCUACAGCCUUAUUGUUUGGACAUACUUUUUCAGUUCAGUCAACAAAUUUUCUAUGGAAUUCAGGUCCAGUCUUUGUGAUGGCCACUCCAAUAUGUUCACUUUGUCUUUAAGCCAUUUUGUUAAAACUUUGGAGGUAGGAUUAGGAUGAUUGUUCUGCUGGAAGGCCCAGUUACAAGUUUUAACUUUCUUACUGAUGUCUUGAGGUUGCUUCAGUAUUUACAGAUAAUCCUCCUUCCUCAUGAUGCUAUCUAUAUUUUUAAGUGCAAGAGUCCCUUUCCAGGAAAAACACCCCUAUAGCAUGAUGCUGCCAUCUCCAUGCUUUACAGUUGGGGUGGUGUUCUUCGGGUGGUGUUCUUCGGCCUUGCCCUUUUCCAGCCAUACACAGUGCUGAUCAUUAUGGCCAAAAAGUUAAAUGUUUGUUUCAUCCGACCUGAAAAACUACUCCAAAAGUCCGGUGAUCACCAUCAAAAUUCAGUUUGGCCUUUUUAUGCUGGUCUAUGAAUAGGGGCUUCUUCAUUGCAUGAUAAUCCUUCAGGUCAUGGUGAUUUUGGACUCUCUUAAUGAUGGAUCUAUGUAAAUGCUUAAAUGUUGAAAAAAUUAUCUGCAAAUAGAACAAGAACAUUUCAAGCUUGAAAUGUAAAAAAUAAGAAAAAAGGUCUAGAAAUAGGUUUAAUAAUCUUCUAUUUGGUUUAUUGUAAUAUAAUAUUAAAUACUAGAUACAUUUGACUAUAUUCAAGAUAUUUUCACUGUUUUUUUUUUUCCUUUUUAUGUAUUUAAUGAAUUCAGUCUGCACAACAGUCCCUGGGCUACUAGCUAUAUAACAGUCCCCCUUUUCCUGCAAAUUUCCAUCAGAGCUAGACUUUCUAAAGCUCCAGCUCUCACAGAGGCAGUUUCAAUGGCCAGGUACUGGACCUGGUCCACUCAUCCAGGGGACACACAUUUAGAGAACAUUUACACAAAUGUAUGUAUCUAGAACAAAGAGUUAAAUUUGGGCUUGAGUAAUGAAGGAAGACUAACAAAGAGAUCUCUAA